UUAGUUACUUCAGUUCGUCUUGACCCGCGGUGUUCCCAUCUUGCUGCCCGCCCGCUGCUCCGGCUAACAUCACGCUCUACGGAGGAUAACUAAUACUCCAGUGGUCUUCAUGCCUGAGGGAGGAGGAGUCAUGAAUCGCACAGAUUGCACACUAUGGAAGUUCUCCGUAUGAAUGAGUUACCAGUUCAAAAGCACGAUAAAAAAAAAAAUGCGGAUUGUCCAAGACAGCUUUGGAGCGCGCUAAGAUGUAAGGCGUGAGCACCGCGAGGCCUGCCGUCGGACAUGACAUCGGUGAAGCAACUGACCGCGUCCGAGCGUCGAGAAAAUAACAGGUUCAGGUCGCAGAGCCAGCCCGCACCCUCGCGGCCUUCCUCCAAGGCCAACACCCCAAGCUCCCCCGCCAGCCUCGGCAGCCACAGACCCCGCAAGGAAUGGACCAUCGACGGCAUAACCACGAGGAGGCGACACUCGGCCCACCCGUCUCACGAGGGGAGUGGUGGUCGUCGCGGGCAGGUGUCAGCCGCCAGCUCACGGAGGGCGGUGGCGGCCUUCACGCCUGCUUCUCGCAUCAAGGGAGCGAAGGUGAGCGGGCCUCCUAAAGUAGGUGUAUUUCGACCCCGCCCGUCCCCGCCAACCACCUUCAGAAGAAUGUAUGAGAGAGGAGACGUGCCUGUCACCCUUCACCACGACCACCACGGCCAUACCCUGCGCUGGAAGGUUGACGUGGAGAAACUCGACUACCACCACUAUCUGCUCUUCUUCGAUGGCCUGCGGGAGACGACACACCCCUACGACUUCUUCAGCAGGGCAGGCAUCCGGGACCUGCUGACGAGGGGCGGGGACAAGAUCCUUCCCGUUAUUCCUCAACUCAUUCUCCCCAUCAAAAGCGCCCUCAACACCAGGGACGUGAGAGUCAUCUGCACGGUGCUGAAGGUGCUGCAGGAACUGGUGAUGUCGGCGCCCUUGGUAGGAGAGUCCCUUGUGCCCUACUACAGGCAGAUCCUCCCCACCCUCAACCUAUUUAAACACAAGAACGUUAAUUCCGGGGAUGAGAUUGAUUAUUCACAGCAACGCCGCGAGAACCUGGGGGACCUCAUCCAAGAGACGCUGGAGAUCCUGGAGCGGCACGGGGGGCGGGACGCGUAUAUCAACAUCAAGUACAUGGUGCCCACCUACCAGUCCUGCGUCAUGAACUAAGCGGAUACCGACUCUUACACUGACGCUGUUGCUUGGUGAAAAUGUUCCUGAAGCGUCACACGAACUGUAGCAAAGGACGCAACUUGUUUGCACACGACUGUGUUCAUCCCAAUUACUAUCAUCUAAGGACGC